UUAGAAAGAGUUCUGUGUGUGAUCACCUUAAAUUAACCUCCUCAUUUCACGCGUUUUGAAUCGCAGAAUUUACAAGUAAAACUUUAAUUACCGUACAAGCGUAAUUAAACAUAAAUAUAUAAUGGCUGGAGGAAAAAACAGUCAAACUGGAUUUCAACCGGAUUCUGACGUUGAUAUUACUUACGAAGAGCAACAAACGAUUAAUAAAUUUGCAAGACAAAAUGCUAAGCUAGAAGAUUAUAAAGAAGAGCUUAAACUUAAGCAGAAUGAAUUAAAGAACUUGGAAGAUGCUUCAGAUGAAUUAGAGCUAAUGGAUGAUGACGAAAAAAUACCUUAUUACGUAGGAGAAGUAUUUGUUUAUCAAUCCCUUGAAAAAACACAGAAUUGUUUGGAGGAAGCUAAGACUAAGAAAAAAGCAGAGAUUGUCAGUUUGGAAACAAAAUGUGCAGAUUUGAGGACUAUUAUGAGUGAAUUAAAAACGCAAUUAUAUGCAAAAUUCGGUAAUCGUAUAAAUUUAGAAUCAGAAGAUGAUUGAGUUAUUUUUUUCACGAAUAAUACUGUUUUAUCAUUUAAAUAACUUUAAAAAUGUAUUAUUAUAAAAUAUCUGUUAACACAUUACUUUAAUAAUGCACAAGUUCAUUAGUUUAAUUUUAUAUAUGAGAAAAUAAAUCAAUGAAAGUUUU